UGUAGUCUCUCGGCCGACUGUGAACCGAUCGUGUCUUGCUUUUUCUGUCCGAUUUCAUGUAAAAUCAAUCGGUACCUAUGCACCUCCUCGACAGAUCGACUACAACACUCAGAGCCGAUCUUACAGGCAGUAGUGAUACUUCCUGAGAUCGUUAUUAUUUUUUUUUUUUUAACAUCCCGCCGGACCUUCAUCAGUUCGCGCGAACUUUAAUUUUUAAACAAAACACAUCUUUUUUAUUUAUUUAUUUUUCUUAGUAAAUAAUUUAAUUAAUUUUUUUUUUUUUUGAAUAGAAAAAAAAUUUUUUUUUUCUAAGUGAGAUUUAAAGUGGACAAAUUAUUAUAGAGGGGAAAAAGGAAACGAGGACACAAUAGAGAAAUUAGAGAAUUAUUGACGAGAAAAGAGAAGAGAAUAGAAAAUUGAAAAAAAAAGAAUUAUUAUUCGUUGUGGUCAAAAUAUUUAAAAGUACGUUAGUUCGCUCCCAAUAAGCAUUUCCUUCGUCAUCAGCAACGGCAUACUUGGUACAGACUUUCUCCUUGUGCCGCUCGUCGUCUCGCACAAGUCCGAUCAACUCGCGGAAUUGACGACUUAUAAUUUUUGCUCGCAUUAAAACAUAUAUUAUGCAUAGAGAACGAUCUUUGGGGGAAAAUCGAUUGUGAUUGAUAGAAGCUGCGAGUGUUGUGUGCAGUUUUUGUUGCAAAUUAAAAGAAGAGAGGGUCACCUCGAAGUGAACCGGUGAGAAAGAUUACAAAACAAGAUGAGGGUACAUCGUGGGAUUUGUGCUAAACUACAGAGUGGAUUUCUUAGACGAUGGUGGGCAGCAGUGGCGUUUGGACUGCUUCUAGUUAUAAUUGCCGCAAUAUUGGCGUCAGUAUUUCCAAAUUUAAUAAAUGCAAUAAUAAAUAAGCAAGUGUCGUUAAAGGAGGGGAAUAAAUCGUUUGAUUGGUGGAGAGCGCCGCCAGUUACGCCUGAAAUGCACGUUUAUAUUUAUAAUGUUACAAAUGCCGAUGAAUUCCUUAAUAAUGGCGAUAAGCCGAUAUUACAAGAAAUUGGCCCUUACGUUUAUUUGCAAACAUGGGAGAAAGUUGAACUUCAAUUCAAUGGAAAUGAUACAGUCAGCUAUAAGCCGAAGAAGGAAUAUAUCUUCUCGCCAGAACUCUCAGUGGGUUCAGAGGACGAUUUGGUGGUGGUGCCAAAUGUACCAAUGCUCUCGGCCACAACACAAUCAAAACACGCUGCACGAUUUCUUCGAUUGGCGAUGGCGUCAAUUUUGGAUAUUCUAAAAAUUAAACCAUUUGUCGAAGUGUCCGUUGGACAACUUCUUUGGGGUUAUGAGGAUCCUCUAUUGAAAUUGGCCAAGGAUGUUGUGCCAAAGGAGCAAAAAUUGCCAUACGAUCAAUUUGGUUUGCUUUACGGUAAAAAUGGCACAUCGCCUGAUAAUUAUACAAUUUUCACUGGUCAAUCGGACAUUACAAAAUAUGGAAUGUUGGAGAAAUGGAAUGGAAAAUUAAGUUUAGGUCAUUGGAAGACAGAUGAAUGUGACAGUGUUAUGGGAACUGAUGGCAGUAUUUUUCCACCACAUAUCACAAAAAAUACUGUACUCAAAGUAUUCGACAAGGAUCUCUGUAGGGCUCUGCCACUCGUCUUUCAGAAAGAAGUGAUUACUUCUGGAGGAAUUCCAGGAUACAGGUUCACACCGCCGAAAGAUGUCUUCGCGUCCGCUGAAAGAAUGGAGUCGAAUAAAUGUUUUUGUCCAGCAGGUCCUCCCUGUGCUCCUGAGGGAACAUUCAAUGUCUCACUAUGUCAAUAUGAAUCACCUGUUCUUCUUAGUUUUCCACAUUUUUAUCUUGCUGAUCCUGCACUGCGAGAAGCAGUAAUUGGUGUGUCUCCGCCCGACGCUGAGAAGCAUCAACUUUUUAUUGAUGUCCAACCAAAAAUGGGAACUGCACUGAGGGCAAGGGCCCGUGUUCAAAUAAAUUUAGCCGUAAGCCAAGUGAGGGACAUCAAGCAGGUCGCUAACUUCCCUGAUAUCAUCUUUCCCAUUAUGUGGUUUGAGGAUGGUAUCGACGAACUGCCUAAGGAAGUUAUCUCACUGAUCAGAUUGGCAGUCGAACUUCCGCCAGUCGCAAGAGCUGCGCUUUGCGGUGCAAUGGGCAUUAUUGGUCUGAUUAUUCUCGUGGGAGCAUUAUUCUGUCUCGCGAGGGCGGCAAAACGUCAGGAAAAAUUACAUCUCACGACACCAUUGCCAUCGAGUGCCACAAAAAAUGAUCAACUAAAUCCAGCCUUCCAGAAUCCAAAAUAGAAUGUCUGAAAUUAAAAAAAAAAAAUUUUUUUUCAGCAAAGAAAAUGAGAAAGAAAAAAAAAAUCUGAUCCUCAAGAAAAGGUGAUGAUCAAAUUUUUGAGAAUAUAUGCGUUUAAAUUCCGAGAAUUCUGCGCGAGGCACCAAAGCACGAUCUCAAAGAGCUUUUUAACGACAGCGAUCUUCGCUCUGCUUUUUAUUUCGC